AUGUCUCAUGCCGGCCACGCCCGCCUGGCGAUGCGGAAUCACGUUCGUCGGGAUGUCAUCCCUUCACAUCGAUUGCCAUUCCUGGUCCCCACUACCUCCUCGAUACCUACCAAGCUUUCAUCCAUCGUGGCUAGAUCCGAAUCAGCUGAGCCGACUUCAGGAGUAAAGCCUACCAGCGACCUGACCACGACGGUCUUGCCGGUUGUGCUCGGUGCUGGUAUCCCUAUUUUGUGCGCUAUUAUUAUCCUCAUUGUGCUGCACCGGAGACAUGUCAAGAAACUUAUGCGGGAAGAUGCAAUGGAUAAACAUAAAUCUCUCGAUUUUGGAAUGGAUACAGUGGGGCCUGCCACCAGCAGGAAAGGAAUGCCCCAGAUGUCAGAACCCACUCAUACCAAAGGAUUGUCUCUUGAUGUCGGUCCAUAUCUGUUGCCUCCGGGCCUGGAAGGUUCCCCGGAUUCGCUACGCUCCUUGUCAAUAGACGAUGACAAGUACCGUCCGGCUACUGCUUCUAUUCGGUCGUACCCCAGAAACUCCCGAUUCGAGGGUUCUGAUGACGGCAAUUCAGGUCUUCUCCAAAAUGCACAGAGGAUGUCUCGUUCAUCCCCGCCGCUGUAUCCCCCCAGUUCCCCGAACCCGCGCAAUGACCGCCUGGGGCAAGUCCCCGGAGUGACACGUCCGCCUGCUGCACAGCAACCCGGCAUGGCCAAGGGAAGUCCCAAUGCCAGCCGGAUUCCCACGCCAGAUCCCCUGCCCCAUCUGGAUGCCUCCUCGGGUCUAGACUUUGGACUGGGCGAUACAUACGGCAAUUCCUAUAGCGCUCCGCAUGAAGAUCGCCCGAACUUCCCGCUGCCCGAUUCUUCGCAACCACGAGCAUUGACCCAUGAUCAGGGUCUUGCACCACAGCUUCCUCGUAUUUCCCUGCCGGCCAGUGAUGUUAGUGACUAUGGUGAUGACAAGUCGCAAUACAAUGUUCCUUCGGUCAACAUUCAUGGCGCAGAAGAUGUCACGCAUAGUGCCCCAAGCCACGAUAACCAACAUCCAGAACUUCCAGAGGACCCUCCUAAUCUGGAUACGCCAUAUGAUAGACACCGCGAUACCCGCCGGAUGACUCUCGGUUUGCGCCCGUUGCCCCCAGAGGACCCCUCCGACAACCCAGAACAGCGUGCCAAUCGGAUUCGUUCGUUCUACAAGGAGUACUUCGAUGAGAGCAAGGGUCCGGAGGCCACAUACUCUGAGGACUUCGGGCCGGAGUUCUACGAGGAUGGUAAUCAUGGGGCUGGCUUCAUAUACGACCCAACCACUGGCGACUACUACGAUGCCGCUCAUGCCGCUCCAUUCGCUGAGCCGAUCACCCGUCGCGCGAUGACACCACCGCCUCGAGCACCUCCCCGCUUCCAAGGAGCCGCCGCUCGGCACCAGGCCACCAACUCUGCGGGCCAAAAUGGCAUGCCCAGCCCACGCGCCUUCUCGUCUGCCUCUGGCCGUAUGCCCCCACGCGGUCCCAAGAAAGCAAUUCCCCCUCCCUCACCGCUACACAUCCUUCCUACUCCUCACAUGUUGACGGACGACUCCCUCUUGACUGCCAUGGAAUUCGCGCCGGCCAAUGGAAUCAAAGAACGCCGCGCGGGUCGCCCUGAGACCCCCAGCGGUGGCUUACGCCCGUACCAGCCCGGCCCGCGUGCGCACACCCCACUGGCCUCUGCGUUCGACGAGCUCAUCGUGAUGCCCAGCCCGCACGCCCUGCGCAAGUCCGGUACGUUCACCAAUCUGGACUUUGUGCCCCCGCCUCGCUUCAAGAACGAGAGUGGUACCGGCAGCGAUGCCGGUAGUAUCCGCAGUGCUCGGUCUGCAGUCUCUGCUACCCUCCAGCAAAAUAUCCGCGCGGGCACGUACCGUGUCAGUCGUCUGCCUGCGGAAGCCGUCGGCACCAAGGAUGACAUGAUGGCCAGUCUGCGUCCGAAGUGGGACAUGAACAACGCAUAA